GCAGGGUUAAAAGAACAACUUUCACAAUGACUCAUUACUGACAUUUUAAGAAUUAUCCCCUGACACACUUCUGGUCCCUCGCUCAGUCUCACACUCAGAGGGUCCCGGCUCACAUCUUGUCUUUUCUUCUUCAACACAAUGCUUCCACUCUGCUUUUUAACGUUGGCUUGCCUGUGCAGUCUCUGGGCUCCAGCACUUUCCAUAGAGUGCGAUGAGAAAACGCAAUACGCGUGGCCAAUCAACAAGCCCCAGAAAUGCUGUAACAAGUGUCCUCCAGGUCACUACAUGUCUCAGGACCCAAAUACCUCUUGUAAUGUUAAAUGUGAACCUUGCAUCGGCAAACGCUACAUGGAGACCUACAACGUGAAGAUGCACUGCGAAGUCUGCAACUUUUGCAGUUAUCCAAACAUGGAGCACGAGUCAAACUGCAGCACCACUCGCAACGCCGUUUGCAGAUGUAAGCCCGGGUACGUCUGCAAGGAGAACGACAAGGUCUGCGAAAAGUGUGAACAGAUAUCGACUAUCACAGCCACGCGCCCUCCACCCUACACUCUCCGCCCGACCGCCCGCCCUCCACCCUCCCUCCGCCUUCCGCCCGCCAGAGGUGAGAAAAACCAGCUCCACACAUCCCACCAAACGUGGUCCUUCAGUAAAAUAAUCAAACCGUUGCACUUUCCGACGGGCAUGUUUCUCUCACGCAUCAUUACAGAUCCGAUGUGGUUCCUGGUGAUUAUUGCCCUCCUGUGUGCGGGAAUUGCACUACUUGUGGCAAAGAAGAUCAGACCGUUGCUCCACUGGAUCAGAUCAAGACAUGGUGUGUAUUUUUUGCCUGAAAAAACCGCAGUGCAGCCUCUGUCCCCGGAGGACGAAGUGUCCAAGCCCGUCCAGGAAGUGAGCUGCGAAUGUGAAUCUACCGACUUAUACGUGAAGGUCUAGAGACUGAACUGACUUUGGUGGCGUGAGAACGUGAUCGGGACGUUUGGUGGCGAGCAGCAGAUGGAAAGGAUCUCUCCUUUAUUGCUUUGGACGCUCUUGACCGGUGGAGCGGCACACAGCCGCCCGGUCUGUGUCGAUGAGCGGAGCCCAGGGAGUUACGCCGGUCAGGACGACACUGACUGCUUCCUGAGAGAACGGAUGACUGUUUGACCUCUGUGACGUCAGCAAGAAAUAAAUGCACACACACAAAGUGUGUGUGCAUGUGUGUGCGCGCAUGCGUGUGUGUGUGUGUGUGUGUGUGUGUGUGUAUAUAUGGAUGGAUGAACGGAAGUCCAAAAAUACUCUUAACUUGUUCAUUUUUUGAUAACUGACAGCCGUUUUGUGUGGUGAGUGUUGCAAACAUUCGUCAAAGUUAUUUCUUUUGUGCAAAAUUAAAUUCUACUUGACUGAAAAGUUGGACAAAAUUUCUUGAGUUAUAACUUACAAAGAGGA